AUGCUUCUUCUAGUGAAAUGGUGUUUGAAAACGUGCUAUUUGUAUGGACGUCUCACCGGCGUAUUGAACUUCGAAGCCGACUUUAGGACGGGUCGAAUGGUAGCCACCAAGAGAACUACGGUGUGCUCAGCCCUUUCGCACUUACUGAUGUUCACAUUACUGAUUUACCACACAAUGAGCACGCGUACUUUGAGCAACUUGUGGCACCAUGCCAAUGCUCUUCACCAAUACGUUUUCAUGGUUAUUGCGGGAUUUCGAUUGAUUUGUGUUUUCCUGUCUUUAGUCAGUCGUUGGUCGCAACGUCGGACCUUUAUGCGAAUGCUAACCUCUUUUUGGAUACUCUACAAGGAAACUCCCGAGAUAAUACAGUAUUGCCAGAGGAGCAUUUUAACCAAAUUUUGCUGCGUGACCAUGGCUGAGACUUUCCAAAUUAUAGCCACUUUCGUUAUGAUAGGAAAUCAGCUAACCUUCGUGACGGGUCUUCGCAUUUGGGCCAUACUGAGCUUGACGGCCAUAAUAAAUGUGAUCAUCAUGCAGUAUUUUAUAGCCAUGGCCAGUAUUCGAGGACGCUAUAUCCUCCUGAACAAGGACCUGCGUAUGGUUGUUGCCGAAGCCCGAUCCCUGAAUCCCAACCGAAGCGGGGUUUUCGUGACCAGAUGUUGUUGCCUUGCCGAUCGCCUGGAAGAAAUCGCCGCCAGUCAGUCGGGCUUGCAAGAACUUAUCGAUCAGUUAUCGAAAGCGUAUCAGGGCCAGGUCGUCUGCUUGGUAAUAGGCUACUACCUGAAUAUGGUGGGAAGUGCCUACCUAAUAUUCAGUAUCACCAAGUACAAGGGCCUAACGGAUAGUUCGCCGAUGAUCGUUACAAUUUGCAGCAUUGCCUACUUUGUUUUCUACUACCUCGACUGCUGGCUCAAUUCGCUCAACGUAUUUUAUCUCUUGGACGAGCACGAAAAGAUGGUAAAGUUACUGGAGACACGGACUCUGUUUCAGCCAGGCCUGGAUCACAGAUUGGAAACAGUCUUCGAAAACUUUGUUCUGAACCUGUCGCGAAAUCCACUUAAAUUGCGAUUUUUUGGCCUGUUCGAAAUCGAUCGCGUUUCAUCGUUUGCCCUGGGCAACUCCAUAUUAACGCAUUCGUUACUUCUGAUCCAGUAUGAUGUAGAGCAUUUCUAAAAUACAAAUUUAACAGUCGAAAAUAAAAU